AUGGCUUCGAAUCAAGAACUGGCUUGCGUCUACGCCGCUUUGAUCCUUCAGGAUGACGAAAUCGCUAUCACUGGUGAGAAGAUCGGACUUCUCCUUAAGGCCGCCAACGUCGAGUUCGAGCCCUACUGGCCAGGACUUUUCGCCAAGGCUUUGGAGGGUGUUGAUGUGAAGAAUCUCAUCACUUCGGUCUCCUCUGGUGCCGGAUCUGGCCCAGCUCCAGCUGCUGCUGCUGCCCCAGCUGCCGAAGCUGCUGCUCCAGCCGCUGAGUCCAAGAAGAAGGAGGAGCCAAAGGAGGAAUCCGACGACGACAUGGGCUUCGGUCUUUUCGACUAA